AUGAGGCGUAGCCACGGCGGCAGCUACCACGGGGACGACCUCCCCUACCUCUACGGGGGUCCGCCCUACACGGCUUCGCCGCCCCCUCCUACGCCCCGCCUGCUGGCCGGGUUCGCGGGGCAGCUGCGGCAGCUGCAGGACCUCCUCCACCCACUGCUCCCUUCUCCUGAUGAUCUCCACGACGAAGACGAGGAGCCGAAGGCCGAGGCUGAGGCCGAAGCUGCGGGGAACCGGUGUCCCUCAGAGGGCGAGCAGGAACAAGAAAACGAAAACGAAAAGGAAGACGAAGAGGAGGAGGAAGAGGAGGAAGAGGAAGAAGAGGAAGGGCGGGCAGCAGAUGCCAUGAUCCGCCGGCUGCUCGUCCAUCCCGACCACGCGAGCCAGCAGCUCGGCCUCCGGGAGGAGCUGGAGGCGGCGAGUGCGGUGGUGGCCAAGCUGCACGCCCGCAUUGCGCGGGUCACCUCGUUCGUCCGCUUCAUGUGGUGGCUGUGCAUGGUGGGCGAUGGUGGUGAGCAGGCGCGUCAUGGGGUGGUGAGCGAGGCGGCGGCCGGCACCUACGGCUACUUCGCCGCUCUGCCCAACGAGCUGAUCCUGUGCAUCCUCUCCCACACCGACCCCAAGACUCUCCUCCUCUCCGUGAGCGCGCUCAAUCGCACGUGGCGGCAAAUGGCCGAGGACAGCAACGUGUGGGGCGUGCUCUACGGCAGGCGGUGGUCCUCCCCCUUCCCCUCCCACGCCGCCAUCCCCCGCUCCGCCUCCUUUUACGACAUGGACGUCGACGACUACAAUCCGCGAGAGCGCAAGCUGAAGCGCAGGCGCUACGGGUGGAUGGAGCGGUUCAAGGAGCGGGCGUGCGUAGACCGGAACUGGCUGAAGCGGGGCUCCUACUCGGUCUGCGUCAAGCGGGCCGAGACGCAGGGCGAGUACACGCGCCUCGCCUGCGCCGACUCUCGCCUCUACCUCGCCCACCGCGCCUACCCGCCGGGCCACGCGGGGCAGCAGCGGUACUUCUUGAGUCACCACCUGUGGGAGGAUCAGGGCGCCUUCACGGACACGACCGGCACCACCAUCGCCACGCCCCACCGCGCGGCGAUUAACGACAUCCAGGCCGACAGCGACCUGGCGAUCACCAGUUCCGCCGACGGCACGGCCUUGGCCUGGGACGUGGGGACGGGGUCCCUGCUGCACCAGGUGGCCCGGUACGAGGGCGAGAUCGUGCAGGCCCGCCUGGCUUCGCUCACCACCCUCGUCACCGCCUCUGACCGCUCGGUGGGCUUAUGGGACGUGCGCAAGGGCGAACGCACCGCUGACAUCGAGCACGCGCGUCGGGUCUGCUGCAUCGGCGUCAACAGCGACGACGAUUCCCCCAUCGUGAGCGGGUCGUUGGACGGGGUCGUGCGGGUGUGGGACCGCCGCAAGCUGGACACCCCGGUGGCCGUGCUGCAGGCCGGCGGUGUACCCACCGCUCUCCACCUCCACGAGCAAGGGCUGCUGGUGGCGGGCAACCACUACGAGGGCCACGUGCCACACUCGCGAUCGGCGGCCUACCUGCAGCGAUGGAAGGGCGACCAGCUCGUGUUCGCCGAUAGCCUCCGCAAGCCCAUCUGGCGCCUCGCUGCCGACCACUCCCGCGUCCUGGUGGCGCAGGGCGGCACAGUGGCGUGCUUGGACAUCGCGUCGCCAGGUGUGCUCGCCACACACGAGUCGGGGUACGCCGACGUGGAGAGCCUCCUCAUCGAUCCCACCCGCUUGCGGGACGGGGAGCUGGCCAUCCACGACUUCUCCGGCCGUUCGCUGGAGGCCUCCUUUGGCUACCGCGAGCUUCGUGGCGUUCGCGUAACCUAA